AAUGGAUGUCAGGAGGGCCACGUGGGCGGCUGUCAAGCGGACGCGCGCCAGCGCGCGCGCGGAGCUGCGGGCAGCGAACGGUGCGGCUGAGCCGAGUGAGAUCGCGGGGAGUGCAAGGAAGGCUGUGAAUUAGUGUGAAGCUGUGCACAGUGUGCAGUGUUUGUGAAUUAGCUUCAAAAGGUGUGAUAGAGCUGUUAAGAAGUACUGCACGGAAUCAAGUGUAACCGUCGUCCGGUGCUGUCUAUGUCACAGCAGACACUAAGUCGGCGUCGCGUUGCUGUCAUUCGUCGCUCGUGAUAGUGUUGAUGAUUCAGAUCUAGUCGCUGUGAUAUCAGCUGGUUUUGCUGAAGAUCUGACGGUCUGAGGGUGAAAGAGCCUCAGCUAUCUACUCUGGUAAAUUACAUCGUCUUUUUAGCUGAUCCAGACCUCCGCGACUGUCCCAAUGACCACCUUAUCAUCGUGGGGUCCGUGCGCAUCGCGAUGAAGCUGCCGAUUCCGCUGGAAUUGGUGAUGGUGCCGUUGUGGCUGCUGCUCGCCAGCGUUGCUGCACUUCCUACCCCGGCGGCAGCACCUCCUGAUCCUGUACCAACGCCUCCAACUGUUAUGCCAACACCUCUCACCCCAAUACCAGAGCCUCCCACCCCUGCACCAGCAUCUCCCACUCCUGUAGCAGCACCUCCCACGACUCCAGGAUCAGCAGCCGUAGCAGCUUCAGCGAUGCCGUCAGCCACGUCAAUCACUGAGCCUUUAGUACCCUCAGCAGUGCCAACAUCAGUCACUCGAACACCAGCUACCUCGCUGCCACCUGCCUCUUCGUCACCUCCCCUGACGAAAACUCGACUUACAUCAGCUCCGCUCACAUCUUCUCUCGGUUUGAGAGCGUCCCCGACCCGGCGGCCGCUGCUGUCUGACCCGCGGUCGGCAGGCUUGAGCAACGCCGGCCGCUCGCUGCGGCAGACCCUUCCUCAGACACGCGCAGACGAGCAGCUGUUUCGCCGUCCCCGCGGAACGUUCAACGUCAACAGUCGACAGCUGGAGCAGGGACUGCGCAGCGCGGCGGUGGCGCCCUCCUUCGGUGACCUGCUCUUCUCUGACUCCCGCAGAGCACCGCUCAAUUUGACGCUGAACAGAACUGGAAGUGCAAAUGCACUCUUUAGAAGAGAGUUUGCCAAUCGUAGACGAGAUCCCGUUAUUGACGUCACGCUGACCAACAACGUGACGCAGGCUGAGCGACAGCGGCGCGUCACCAACGUGACGGAGCUGGAGCGUAACGUGACGCAGGUGACGGAGGACGGGCCGCCCGGCACCGCGGCCAACCUGACCAGCCGCCUGCAGCGCCGCAGUCUGGGCAGCCGCGUCCUCACCACCAACUCGGAGUCGAGGGCGCGCGGAGUCGAGAUCCGACUCAGCUUCGACGAUACCGGAUCCACGUUACAACUAUCGGCCGACAAUCGACGCACCCUCACUGACAUCCAACGAGACGACAACGACCGAACGAUUGUCAGAAAUUCAACCGACAUCUUCACCGAAACUGGAUUUUCGAGACGAAUACGCAACAUGCGACGAAAUAGAGACAGAGUAAACACUGCCAAUGUUAAUGAGACUCAAACAAACUUAUCCGUGGGUCUCGGGAUUCAACCUCGUAAUAGAACCGUUCUCCUACGGUGACCACAAGCCAGGAGACACACUUCGAACGCUACAGAGAAGAAUGGGAAACCUUUAUUUUCGUAUACUUGGGAAUGAUAAAAGGCGCAGCCAUACAAGCAGUCAACUGACCGUAAACCGAAUCAAACAACUUGAUUUACACUGACUUCUAACGGAAACAGUGGAAUCACAAGUAAAUUAUGCAAGAUCCCGUAUGAAUCAAAUUUAGCUUUUUUUGGUAGAACUCUUGUUUUCAAUAAAUAAUUGGGUUAAAAAUGCACAGAAAGCUGGAAUACACUGAGGAGCUG